CAAAUAAAACGGUUUUUCAAUUAUUAUUAUUAUUCUUUUUCAUCCCUGUCUUUCGCAACCAGCCUUCGUUUCUCUCACUUUCCUCUCCAUUUUCUCGGCAAAAUCAAGCAUGGGGAAAGGACCUGGUCUCUACUCCGAUAUCGGCAAAAAGGCCAGAGAUCUUCUUUACAAGGAUUACCAGGCCGACCACAAGUUCACUGUCACUACUUAUACCUCCAAUGGAGUCGCAAUCACAUCAACUGGGAUUAAGAAAGGUGAAUUGCUUUUGGCUGAUGUAAGCACUGAGCUGAAGAACAAUAACAUCACAACCAAUGUCAAAGUUGACACUAAGUCUACUCUUUUUGCCACUGUUACCGUUGAUGAACCUGCACCUGGAUUGAAGACAAUCUUUAGUUUUAUUGUCCCUGAUCAAAGGUCUGGCAAGGUGGAACUGCAAUACCAGCAUGAAUAUGCUGGCAUAAGCACUAGCAUUGGUUUGAAUGCUAAUCCCCUUGUUAACUUCUCUGGGGUGGUUGGAAACAAUUGUGUCUCAGUGGGGACUGAUCUCUCAUUUGACACCGGCAGUGGAAACUUUACCAAAUUGAAUGCUGGGCUGAAUUUCACCCAUUCUGACCUCAUUGCUUCCCUAACAUUAAAUGAUAAAGGUGACACUCUUAAUGCUUCCUACUACCACAUUGUUAGCCCAUUGACGAACACAGCGGUUGGUGCGGAGCUGACCCAUAGCUUUUCAAGUAAUGAGAACACUCUCACGAUUGGUACACAGCAUGCUCUUGACCCGUUGACCACAGUGAAAGCUCGACUGAACAACUACGGCAGAGCAAGUGGUCUUAUCCAGCAUGAGUGGCGCCCAAAAUCCCUCUUCACUAUCUCUGGAGAGGUGGACACCAGAGCAAUUGAAAAGAGUGCUAAAGUCGGGCUGGCCUUGGCACUCAAGCCGUAGGGAAAGUCAUUAAACUUGGCAGGCAGAGGAUGAGGAAAUUAUAAUAUCUUAAGAAAGAGGAUCCAAUAAGAAAAGGAAGGGGGCUUUCCAAUCGUGGCUUAAUCAAGGAGUAGCAAUGCAAGAGCCUGAUCAAUUUGUUAGUGUAAUGUAAAUUAGUAGCAUACGGAAUGGAAUUAUGUGCUUUUGCUUCAGCCCUGAAGGACCUGGAAUUUGGGAGAAGGUAAGUUCGCACUACCUAAUUUUAUUAGUGGAGUCCAUUCCUCGUCCCAAUUAAACAAAAUAUAGUGCUGCUGCUAACGGAUGCCAAUUGAUUUAGUUUAAGAAUAGUUCAAAUGUGGUGAAACCACCAUGGAAUUAGAACCUAAAUUGCAUUUUUAUCCUUUCUACUCGUAAUAAAAUGGAUAAAUUAGUUUAUGUA